AUGAGCUCAGAAAAUAUCGUAGUUGGUGUGUCGAAUUUGCCCAACCAGCGCUUCAAAAUAGUGUCUGAACAAGGUGGAACAUUCACUUUGAUGGUAUGCGGUGAAUCAGGACUCGGAAAGACCACAUUCAUCAAUACGCUAUUCCAGACUACUCUGAAACAUGCAGACCCACAUCAGCGUCGCAACCAACCUAUCAAAAAAACCGUGGAGAUCGACGUGUUACGUGCCGUUUUGGAGGAAAAGAACCUCUCUUUGAGAGUCAACGUUAUUGACACGCCCGGGUUUGGCGAUAACGUCAACAAUAACAAAUCGUGGCAGACCAUUGUGGACUUCAUCGACGAACAACACGACUCGUACAUGCGUCAGGAGCAACAGCCGCAUCGUGACGUGAAAUUCGAUCUCAGAGUGCACGCAGUGCUGUACUUUAUCAGGCCCACCGGUCACGGGCUCAAACCGCUUGAUAUCGAGACCAUGAAACGUCUCUCAACGCGUGCCAACUUGAUUCCCGUCAUUGCCAAGUCAGACACACUAACGGCCAAAGAAUUGCAGGAGUUCAAGCUACGGAUCAGACAGGUGGUCGAGGCUCAAGAAAUCCGUAUUUUCACUCCGCCACUGGACGAAUCCGAUUCUCCUGACCCUGCCGUUAUGGAGCAUGCCAGACAACUGAUUGAAUCGAUGCCAUUCGCUGUUAUUGGUUCGGAGACCAAAUUCGAUAACGGCCAAGGAACCAUGGUCCCUGCUAGAAAGUACCCAUGGGGCAUUGUUGAGGUGGAAAACGACAACCAUUGCGACUUCCGCAAACUGAGAAGUUUGUUAUUGAGAACAAACCUGUUGGAUUUGGUGCUCUCGACGGAGGAAUUGCACUACGAAGCUUACAGAAAGCUACGUUUAGAAGGGUCUGGAGCCUCUGACGAUCAAUCCGUACCGGUACGUGCGCCUGCAAGAAAACUGUCCCACAACCCACAAUUCAAAGAGGAAGAGAACGCUUUGAAGAAGUACUUUACAGACCAAGUGAAGGCCGAAGAGCAAAGAUUCAGACAGUGGGAACAAAACAUUGUGAAUGAGAGAAUUAGGCUGAACGGCGAUCUCGAAGAUGUUCAAUCAAAGGUCAAAAAAUUGGAAGAGCAAGUCAGAACUCUGCAAUUGAAACGGCAUUAA